AUGUACUUCUUCCUCCUCAACCUCUCCCUCCUUGACUUGGGCUCCAUCUCCACCACUGUCCCCAAAUCCAUGGCCAAUUCCUUCUGGAAUACCAGGACAAUAUCUUCCUUGGGAUGUGUCUUACAGGUCCACCUCUUCCUCUUUUUCGUUGCAGCUGAGUAUUGUCUUCUAACUGUCAUGGCCUAUGACCGCUACGUUGUCAUCUGCAAACACCUGCACUAUGGCACACUCAUGGACACCAGAGCUUGUGCCCGAAUGGUGGCAGCUGCCUGGGGCAGCAGUUUUCUCAAUGCUCUCCUGCACACUGGGAACAUAUUUUCAUUCCCCGUCUGCCAAGGCAAUGAUGUGGAGCAGUUCUUCUGUGAACUUCCCCAGAUCUUCAAGCUCUCCUGCUCACACUCCUACCUUAGGGAACUUGGGUUUCUUGUGGUUAGCAAUUUUUUAGCUUUUGGAUGUUUCAUUUUCAUUGUGGUUUCCUAUGUGCAGAUCUUCCGAGCUGUGCUGAGGAUCCCCUCUGAGCAGAGUCACCACAAAGCCUUUUCCAUGUGCCUCCCACACCUGACUGUGGUCUCCCUCUUUAUCAGUACUGCAGUAUUUGCCUACCUGAAGCCUCCCUCCAUCUCCUCCCCAGCUCUGGAUCUCUCACUGGCCAUUCUAUACGCAGUGGUGCCUCCAGCAGUGAAUCCCCUCAUCUACAGCAUGAGGAACAGCGAGCUCAAGGAGGCAGUGAAGAACCUCCUCCAAUUCACAGAAUAG